AUGAACUAUAACAGCAAAGUGUGGAGACACGGUAAGAAACCACUCCAGAGAAGAGCAGCUCCCCAGGCUGUCAGGCCCCAUCCUCCAGCUGCACAAGAGCCGCUUACCUUCCGCGUCAUCCAGAUCUCCUCCUUUGUCAACCACAGCUGGGCAUACAACCAGGGCUCAGGAUGGUUGGGUGAGAUCCAGACUCACAGCUGGGACAGUGCCAUGGGCACCAUUCGUUUUCUGAAGCCAUGGUCUCGUGGGAACUUCAGCCAGGUGGAGUUGAAGAAUUUCCAGUCAUUCUUCCGGUUAUACCUCCAUGGUUUCAUUCAAGAAGUGCAAGCCUUUGUGAACCGAUUUCAGUUUGAAUACCCCUUUGAGAUCCAGUUGUCCUGUGGAUGUGCACUGCGAGCUGGAGCCCUCUCAGAAAGUUUCUUAUAUGGAGCAUAUCAAGGAUCAGAUUUCCUGAGUUUACAAGGAGGUUCCUGGCAGCCAGCCCCUGGAGCAGGAAGUCGUGCCCAAGAUGUUUGUAGAGUACUCAAUCAGUACAAAGGCAUUGAAGAAAUUGAACAGCAGCUUGUCAGCAAAACGUGCCCAGAAUUUCUGGCAAGCCUCCUUGCAAAAGGGAAGUCAGAACUGGAGCAGCAAGUGAGGCCCGAGGUUUGGCUGUCCAAAGGCCCCAGCCCUGGGCCUGGCCGUCUGUUGCUGGUGUGCCAUGUCUCCGGCUUCUACCCCAAGCCUGUGUGGGUGAUGUGGAUGCGAGGUGAAAAGCAGCAGACACGGACUCGAUUAGGUGAUGUCCUGCCCAAUGCUGAUGGCACGUGGUAUCUCCGAGUAACCCUGGAGGUGGCGGCUGGAGAGGCAGCUGGCCUGGCCUGUCGAGUGAAGCACAGCAGCCUCAAAGGCCAUGACAUUGUCAUUCCCUGGGGUGGACACUCCAUUCUGCUGAUACUGAUGUGUUUGGCCGUAAUGGCCAUUCUGGCUGUGUUGGUUGUAGUUGAGUUUGGGUUUGUAAAGCAGAGGUGA